CAGCCUGCUUUCUUAUCCGUUUGAUUAUGUGAGCGUGUUGCCCUGUGUGUGUGCGUGUAUGUGUAUUUGAGAGGCUACUCUCUAUAGUGCUACGAUGAUACAGAAACUCUACUAAUCACUUAUGGACUCCGUCUUGAAGCUACAACAUGGGAUCCAGACUAAAGGAAAAUCCAGAUAGGACAUUUUACUGGUUCUUUCAAGCUUCGUGCCCUAUCGCCAGAGACAAAGAUCCUGGGCUUCUGUUUCACUUCCCAGAUGACUUCAGUGAUGAGGAAUGUUUGCAAUCCCUUCCUCGAUUCUGCUUCCCAUACGAUAUAGAAAGGGUGAGGGAUGGCAUAGCUGUGCAGCACUUUACAUUUGCGUUGACUGACCUGGAAGGAUGCCAGCGAUUUGGGUUCUGCAGACUCACCUCCAGCUCCCAGACCUGCCUCUGCAUCCUCAGCUAUCUGCCUUGGUUCGAAGUCUUUUAUAAACUGUUAAAUAACCUGGCAGACUAUGUGACAAAAGGCCAGACGAGCGAGAUGAGAGAGUUACUGGCGGCUCUCUACAAGCACCCUGUGCCACUGUCCGACAGCUCCGAAACUCUCCAUCUGGUUCCAUACUUCGUCGCUCCUGAUCCGAAGGCUUUACCGUCUAUUCCAGAGAGUAGGAACCUGACGGAGCUGAUCGUGGCUGUAGACGUGGGGAACCUGCUGCAGCUGUACGCUAGCAUGCUGUUCGAGAGACGUAUCCUCAUUUGUUGCAGUAAACUCAGCACGCUGACGGCGUGUGUACACGCGUGUAGCGGCAUGCUCUUUCCCAUGUACUGGCAGCACAUCUUCAUUCCGGUCCUACCACCACACCUGCUGGACUACUGCUGCGCUCCAAUGCCGUACCUUAUUGGAGUUCAUUCCAGCCUAAUAGAGAGAGUGAGGAGUCGUGCUCUGGAGGAUGUGGUCAUUCUGAACGUGGACACAAACACUAUGGAGUCUCCUCACGAAGACCUGAAGAAGCUCCCAACAGACGUGGUGACAGCUCUGAAAGUGAGGCUGAAGCGCCAGGCUGCAUUUACAGGCCCCGGUGUAGCUAAAGCGUUCCUCAGAGCUCAGGCUCAGCUGUUUGGAGCAUACAAAGAUGCCUUACAGUACCCUAUAGGAGAACCCGUGUCAUUCAGUGAGGAAUUGUUUCUCACACACAAGUCUCCCAGCAUGAGGCAGUUCCUUGAGAGUGCCAUUCACCUGCAGUUUUUCAAACAGUUUAUUGACGGACGUCUAGAGAUGCUCAAUCGAGAGAAAGAGCCAGACGACCUGUUUGAGGAGGAAAUACUGCAGUGCGGCGCAUCGUCAGGUGGCGCAAAAUCUUACCAGCAGUGGAUGGGGAACCUGAAGAAAGGAGGAGGAUCUCUCAUUCUGACGGUCAAGUCCAAGGCUCAGAUGUACAAAAACGUCACAUGUCAUAGCAAGCUGAAGAACCUCAUUUCAUCAAAGGAACAGAAACAAGCUCACAUGCUCCAGAGAGGAGGGUCUGUGUGCGGCACACACCCGUACCGCGUCAACAAAUCAGACUGCCUUCAGGACAGAUUACCGAUCACACAGCAUUUUGGAAAGUCCCGACCUCGCAGGCCCACACGCAAACCAACCGUCCAGCAGGGGGAGGAAACACCGCAAGACAACAGUGGCAGCUGGGGAGACGAGUGUUGUGUAGAGUUGGCUUCUGAUGACCUCACCGAGGAGGACGAGUUCUCCGUGAUGGCUGAUCUUGAGGAGAUGGACCUGCUUGGGGAGAUCUUCGACACAUUAAGCACGCAGAGCUCCACAGAGCCGGGCUUGCUGUACAGCACACGCAGCCUCGACGUCUUCACCUCCGACUGCACUGACUUCAUCAACAGAAGGAGCUUAGCCACACCCAGUCAGGAGAGCUUGAGUCUUUCCACUGGGAACAAUGGCAGUCUGAUGAGCUGGGAGGAGGGGCUUGAAGAGGGGCCAGAUAUAGAGGAGGAGGAGUCCGAGCUGCCAAACGACGAACCAGAAAGGGGCAUGAGAGAUGGGUUGAGAGAGGGUCACAUUACCUCAGGGGAGGAGGAGCCAUGUGUGGAUCUUGGAAGAUUAGAGGAGGAUCUCAUGGAUCUAAGACAGGAACUUGAAGAGGAGCUGAAUGGAAACUGUAAGAAAACUAGCACAUCAUCCAGAGAAGAUCAGGAGGAUACAAGCAGACCAUGCAGGGAAGAUAAGAAGGAACCUAGCAGACCAUCUGAAGUAGUGCCAGGUGAAACUAUCAGAUCAUACAGAAAACAUCAUCAGGAAAAUAGCAGCUCACCAGGAGAAAAUCAGGAAAGAACUUGGCAGUCCAAACCUGAUGAUGAUAAUGGGGAAAGUAAUGGAGCCCAGGAGAGGCAAGUAAAAGAGGCAAUAAACAACACACACCAUUCAGGACACCAAGAUCUAACUCAGAAGAACAACAACCCAGGGAGUCUACCUAGAAACUCUCCCCAGGAAAAGGAGCACCUUGCUGAGGAACAACUGAAUGCAGACAGUUUGGUUAAUGCAGCCAAAAAAGAUGAGGGACAGGAAGAGUGCAGAGACCAAUCGACUCCUAAAGUGCUCUCCAAAGUGGCCCUGUUCCAGGUCAAGGCCUACCAGACCAAGGGCUCACCUGAGACCGUAAGACCCAGUUAUGGCCACAAAACUUUAGAUACACCUCUAAACAUCUCUCAACGAGGCCCUGAAGCCCUUCGGGUAACCGCGAGUACAAAAACUGAUGACUUGACCAUAAAAUCACCAACCACAUCUAAUUUAUCAUCCACAGCCACAGAGGACGAAGACCUUCCUCUACCGAAAGUGUCUGAACUUAAAAAGAGAUUUGAGCAGUGACUGACUGCAGGGAUCGUUUCAUGGCCAUGUCAGUGUUAGCUGCCAGAGAUGCCCAACUUUAUUUGGAGUGACCACAGAGGUGUAUUAUUAAGAAAAGCACAAGCAGAUGUCUAGGUUACUCAAGCACAUCCUACUAUUAAUGUGUAACCUAUUAAAGUGCGGUCGAUACAGUACUUGCUCCACUGUUGCACAACAGUCCUACUUUUCAAACCAGUUCGCAAAACUGAACAUUUAAAAGCACAUUUUUUUUGUCCAUUUUUAAAAAAAAAAAAAAAAUCAAUUUCUUUCUAAAUAAAUCUUAUAGACUUUGA